AUGUCUUCGAGAAAAAAGGUCCUUCUAAAGGUAAUAAUUCUAGGCGAUAGUGGGGUUGGCAAAACUUCGCUUAUGAAUCAGUUUGUCAACAAGAAAUUUUCCAAUCAGUACAAGGCUACCAUAGGCGCAGAUUUUCUCACGAAGGAGGUAAUUGUUGAUGAUAGGAUUGUCACAAUGCAAAUUUGGGAUACAGCUGGUCAAGAGCGUUUUCAAUCUUUGGGGGUGGCCUUCUACCGUGGUGCGGAUUGCUGCGUAUUAGUGUUUGACGUAACGGCCCCUAACACGUUCAAGUCCUUGGAGAGCUGGCGAGAUGAGUUCUUGAUACAAGCAUCGCCUCGUGACCCUGACCACUUCCCGUUUGUCAUCCUAGGUAAUAAAGUGGAUUUGGAUAAUCGUGCCGUUUCUGCAAAACGUGCUCAGCAGUGGUGUCAGAGUAAAAAUGAUAUACCCUAUUUUGAAACCAGUGCCAAAGAAGCUGUCAAUGUAGAAUUAGCAUUCCAAACCAUUGCUCGUAAUGCAUUGGCACAGGAAACAGAGGCAGAACUGUAUAAUGAGUUUCCAGAUCAAAUUAAACUGAAUGCCAAUGAUAACAAUCGCAACAGGGAUGGAGACAACUGUGCUUGUUAG